UUCGUCCUACACUUACACAAUCGACAAUCAGUUAUCUAAAGACUAUUAAUAAAAAUUAUUUUUUUAAUUAUGUAAUUCGUCUAGUUCUAAUAGUCCUCUUUUUUUUCUUUCAAAAUGCUGAGAUGUGCAAACAGGAGCAUCAAAGAAAAUAAUAAUUUUAUUGUGUUGUUUUAAUUUUCAAAAAUGGAAGUUAAUUUAUUUUUUAACUUAAAAAUACACAGAUAGUGAUGAGAUUUUCGGAAAAUGCCAAAACGUAUUCCGUUUCACGUCGUUUACGCAACAAGUGAAGACAGCUCGUACCCAGCAUGUGAGCUGAACUCCCAGGGGCCGGCGGCGCGCGGCUGGCGCAGCGUCGGGCCUCCGCCCCACGAACUCCUGCUGCGACUGACUGCAGUCACCAACGUCCACAAACUGCAGCUGUUGGCGCAUCAUCAGCUCAUACCGGCGUGCGUAGAAGUCUUGGUGUCUGGAGGGUUAGUAUCCGAAGGGGCGGCCACACCAUGCGGAGCCACGUACACCAGCGUGGGCAGAGUGACGCUGGCCAAGCCAGCACCACAGGCCAGGACCAGGGAAUUAAGAUCAGCAGCAUUACCAGAACCAACUAUAGCCAGGUUCGUGAAGCUCAGGUUGUCAGGCCCGCAUCCACCGGCGAACGACAAUGAUCAGGUUGCGCUCAUGGCAGUGAAUGUUCUCGGCGAGGAAGUCGAAUCUGACAUACCGGCGUCCAAGACCGAACCUGCGUACUCUCCGUACGAUGACCUCGCGUUUGUCAUGUACGUGGACAAUGAGAUAGCUGACUUGGUGAGGAGCUUGGAUGAGAAGAAGAAAACUGCUGUGGCUGAGGAGCGUUUCGAAUAUGCCCGCCGUCUAAAGUCCGCUGGAUCCGCCCUAGCGGCCGCCGGUAUCCGCAUCGGGAGGUGGCGGCUAAGGAAAAGAACAGCUGCCGCGAGAGACGACUUCGAACUGGCCAGGAGAAUGCGGGACAGGAUCACUGAUGCGUUAGUUGGAGUUAAGGAGGACCCGCAACUUUGUAAACUAUUUGAGGAAGAUGGGCCGGACCCACGCAACGACUCGUCAAUGCAUCAAGAAUACGAUUUCUCCCACCACCUGUCCCCGUCCGCCGCGGCCGGCUCGCUCAGCCUCGAGCUGCCGUCCCCGGCCCCCGACCCCACCCCCGCCCCCGCCCCCGGCGACUACAACACUCACUACUACCACGAGGAAGAUGAUGCGAGAAUUGACAACUUACCCACCUCACCAGUACAAACUGUUCAAGAAGAUAUUCAACCACAUUCUAUUCAUCCUACGAAUCCUAUCCAACCUUCAUAUCCCGUCCAAGCAAUGUAUCCCGAACCUGCGCCGCCACCUGUAGAAGAGAAAGUGGAAGCUCAGAAGAAGAUAGAAGAAGUUCAAAAGAAGACGGAGGAGGAAGAACUGAGGAAAGAGACUGAUAGUCCGCGAAGAAGCAUUACGCCAAACGCAGCCAAUGGUACUUUAGUUAGGAGGAGGAAUAAGAGUGCGGGUCCCAGAUCUACAUUCGAAGCUUACGAAGAGAGGUUACUGCCAGCUUUAAGGCAUUCGCACACAAACGAGUACCUGCGCGAGGCGCGCGACCCGCAGGAGGAGAGCAGCGCCUCGCAGGGCGCGGCGCGGGCGCCGCCGCCGCACAAGCUCAAUGAGCGGGAGCGGAAACAGGCAGCACUGCCUAUUGUCAUCUUUGGAUACCCUCUGGUCGAAAAGUUCUACUCCAAGAACUAUCUAGACAAAGAAGAGGGUCUGGCUCGCCUCCGCGCGGAGCUGACGUCACCAUCCAACGGAAGCACCAAGACUUCCCCAAACAAGACCGCUCGAGCUGCCGCCAUGUUGUUACAGAGGACUCUGAGAGACAAGGUGUUCUCUGUCUACAGCCAGACCAAUGAAGUUGUCAGGGUGUUGUUCCAAGAGUUCGUGCCUGACAGGGUGUGCGCCGCAGAAGUGGGUCGAUGUUUGGAGAAGCUUCUCCCAGAGUUGCUGCGGGCGUGCGGCGACCCCGCGCCCAGGGUGCACUCCACAGCUCAGCACACUGUGCUCACUGUCGCCGAGUGCCCUAUAGUCAGGAGCCUCCACAUAAUCCCACAGCAGCUGGUGCGGCCGGUGGCGGCGUCCAUGCAUCCGCGGCUAGCGCUGUCGCGGCUUCAGAUGUUGGAACAACUUAUACUGAGCCAUGGCAUUUCCACUGACAAGAACAGCGGCCUGACGGUCCGGCGACUGGCGGAGUGCGGCGCGGCGGGCGUGCAGCACGCGGCGGGCGCAGUGCGCGCGGCGGCCGAGCGCGUGCUGCGCGUCGCGUACGCGCGCAGUCCGCGCCUCGUGCGCGCGCAGCUGCCGCCCGACGACAGCGUCACGCGCAGGAACCUCAUCUACCGACAUCUGUUCCAGCAGUUCGAUAGGAUGGACAUGCAGAAAAUGCUCAACCAAGCGCCAACCGAAGAGCAACUUCUAAACGGCGACGAGGCAGACCAAACAGAAUCGAUUGACACCGCCAGCGUCUCCCAAUCCACUCGAAGCGGCACCAGCGGCAUGACGUCAUCAUUAAUGAUGUCGUCAGUGGGCGCCACUUCUUCCUACAGCAUCAAAUCUAUGUCGUCCAGCAUUAGUGGCGUCACUUUAGCACCUUCGAGUAUAAGCAGCCAUACGACAUCAAGAACGAAGAGCAGCUUGAAGAAAUCUCCUACAAAACGCUACACGCCUAGUAGGACCAUCAAGGAUUUCUCAAAUUAUGAUAUUGGUUAUAAUAAAUUGAGGUUGGAUAGCGCUGUCAGUCCGAAGCAUUCGCCGAGGUCGAUGGUUUCUGCUUCGGAGAAGGUGCAUUUUGAAGAAAGCCAUGUUGACGAAGUAGUAUAUCGUCGUACUAACAGAAACUCUGAAAACCGCCACUCCAUGAUACAUUACGACCACGACCCGACCAAACCCCAGCUCAAAGAAAGACCGGUGACUGUGUAUGAGCCACUGCACUUGGACUACAGAGAUUCUCCUUCUUUAGGGUCACCAAAAACAUCAAAGAAUGACGUUCGUAGCAUGGAUUCUCUCCCGAUGGAUUCUCCCAGGAAUUCUGACAGUCGAAGUCUGGACUCCCCGAAAGUCAAAGCGGAAUACUUUAGGGAGAGUGUCCUGGAGUCCCCUAAACUUGUUGCGGGUUUGAGGAAUCUACACUUGGAUGAUAGUCAGAUGGAUGAGAGCGGAUAUUAUAGUCCUGGUCGUAAACAAAUGGCGACAAGCGCUGAGCACAAUUACGAAGGGUAUGAAGCUGGUGCUAUAGAUGGAAGUGAUACUACCCCAGAGCCUGUCACAAGAUGCACGUGGUGCGGCGCGCGCGUGCAGUGCGCGGCGCUGGAGGCGCACUACUGGCGGCGCUGCGUGCUGCUGGCGCGCUGUGCGCACUGCAGGCUGGCUCUGGAGGCCCGCGUGCUGCACACGCAUUUGCUUGAAGAAUGCUCAAUGAGCGAAGGGUCGUGGAAGGCGUGCAGCAGAUGCGGGGCCGCGCUGAGAAUAGACGAGAGCGACUUUCACAUCAAUUGCAUACCAUUAGGCAUGGACGAGUGGAAAUGCCCUUACUGCUUCACCAACGUGUUAGCGCGGGACCUGCCCUGGCAGCGACACCUCAUGCAGUGUCCGCGGAACCCAAGGAUCACACAGAGCUCAUAGUUAUUUAUUGAAAGCUAUGUUUCUUCGUAUGUUCUGAGAUUUAAAUCAAAAGAUGUUUUGUCUCUUUUUAUGUCAAAUAUAUGUGGAUGGAUAAACUUCAAGAAACAGGUUUAAAAUAGGGUUUAUUGUUUAAGAAUAAGAUGUUUGAUUAGAUAGUCCUGUAUACUAAUAGCACUGAUGUUUAUUUGUGAAUUCGUGGACUUGGUCGAAGCGGAGGCAGAUUAAUCGAUUAACUUCUUAAUACUAUCACUAUACUAAAUGUCGACCAUCCAAAAAUGAGCUUUAAAGCUUCCGCUGUACAAGACGAGAGCUGGCGAGCAGUCCGCUAAUUUGUUGUCAAUGUAAAGUGUACCUUCUGAGGAAGGCUUAAGGCUUAAUUUAAUGAGGUGUGGUAGAAGCCUGUUUGUUUGUACCGGAAAUAUUCUUGCACCCAUGGAUUUUGUAAGUACUUCGUAUACGGAGUACCUACUAAUUCCAUGGUUGCACCAGUCACUUUGACGUUGGCUUUCUGCGCUGAAACUUGAUUGGUGUUAAACCCACUAUAAUAAAACAGUGCGAUUAGUGGACUGUCCCGCGUUUAUCAGUGCUAUGUAUGCCUUCGAUUUUCCCUUGUAGCUAAAGAUUUCAUUCAAAAAUAAUAAUUCCCGAAAAAUAGUGACUUUCAAUAUAUAGUUAAUUGAUUUAAAAGGUCCUUUUAUCAAAAUACAUUUUAGAGGUAUACUGUAUUGAAAUAUUACAUAUAGCUUAUUCCGAAUUAGAUUCUUGACAUAUAGCAGGAGAUGUUAAACUAGUAUUAUAAUACUCGUAUUAAUUAGUGUUUUGAUCUGUUUAAAUUUCUUGCAUGCGGCAAUAGUCAUCGCCAUUGGUACUUAAAAAUAUACAGUACAUAGAAUUAAAGUACAAUCAGUGGUAUACACGACUUGACUUGCAUCUAAUGCUAGCUCCACACCGUCGCCGAACUCAGAAACGUACCGACGCGAAUGCGUGAACAUUGCGUAGUAUGAGUGCUUUUAUUUACGCAAUAAAAAAACCAACAAUGUAUACCGAAUCCGCUUUGGCAAACUGUUCGACGACAGUGUUGAGGUGGCAUAAGGAUGGCCACUUGAUGAUUUGGCAUUUUGCUUAGGUGGGCUGGCUCACAAUGCAAAAACAAAAAGAUCAUUUGCCAUUUCUCUACAAAAAGUUGUGUGACGAUGCGCGGGGCUGAGGUAGACGAGUGGGAUGAGCGGCUUUGCCAUGGCCCUACGCCCUUUCUGAACUCCACCCAAGCCCCGCCCCUUUACGUUACUUUUCAUUGUAGCUGUACAUGUUGAUAAAGUAACCGUGUAAUAUAUAUUGGCGAUGACUGUCAUUAGACAUUGGUCAAUUUUAAUCAGAGUUUUAAAAGCACAGCUUUGUGUCCAUUUCUGCCGUCCAAAAAAUGGAUCCGUCUUAGACAAUGCUCACUGUAUUUAUUUUAACGUUAAUUUAAACAGGUAUUAUAUUGAUUUUAAUCUUGUCUUUAAGACGGUCUUGUUCUGAUUGUACUGACAACAUAAUUAGUGAAAUGGCGUUGCACACCAACUGGGUAACGCGUGCGUUUUUUUGUUUGGAACUGUAAUGCACGCGUAGUCGCACCCACGAUUCCAUACAAAAUAAAUUUAGUGUGCACACGGCCUUUAGAUUAUUUUAAAUUGAAAGUUUUUUUUUAUAUUUUAAGAUUAACAUUUUAUCAAAUUUUAUGAGUUUCGGUAUUGGCAAGGAGGAAAGUAAUGUCGUAAUGUAGAAAAAUUGCAUGAUAUAUUAAAAGAAUCACGGCAUACUUGACUGUUUAGUUAAUACUAAACCGCAAAAUCAUAAAGUAUUAUUUUAGAAAUUGAUGUCAUCUAAUUUUUUUUGUUUUUGUGUAGCAUAUUUUUGUCUUUCAUUCAGUUAGAAUUUUUAACGAUAGUUCUAAAAAGUAUCAGUCAAAUGGAUUGUUUUAUUAUUUGUUUUUAGAUUUAUUAAAAUAAGUUUUAUUAAUAAUAGUGGAAAGAUAUUUACGUCUGUUGUUCUGUUGAAUACCUUGUUAUUAGUUUUAGAUUAAUAGUUUCAUUGCGAUUUUCAACAGAGUCAUCACUAUCUAAAUAAAUAACUUUAGCUCAUUAUCGAUAUUAUCACAAUCAUUUAUUGAAUUUAAAUUUUCAAUAAUGUUUGAUGGGUGGGUAUAUGUAAUUAUUUUAUUAUUAUAGUGUAAUAUAAAGUAAGAAUACAAAUUAAUGAAAGGCCUUGGAUGAUUGUGGGUACAAUUUAAUAAAUAUGUUUCUUAAGGCGACAUUUGAAUAAAAUUUUCAUGGGAAAAAGUUGUGAGAUAUUACAAAAGGAUACGUAUGUACGUAAGAAUACGUACGUACAUACAAUAUUUUUUUUAGAAAGAAUGAUCAAGAAUUUAAAUAAUAAAAUCAGGUGAAUUUAUAUUAUUCGUUUUAAAAUGAUAACAAACAUUAUAGAAAUGAAAUAUUCCAUUCAACCUUUAGUUAAAUUACCUUAACCUUAGACACAUCAAUCACACAAGUCGAUAUUAAUCACAAUAAUUGUAAUUAGAUUAACUAGCUGGUAAAUAUGAUAAAUUUAGCUUAGCUUCGAUUUAAACGAAACCACAUCACCCCCUGUGAUAUUGGGUCGAGAAUCGAGAAUCUGGAUUAAGGUGUGGGUCUUAAGUUGUCGGUUAGCUCAUAAUAUAGUUUAAGGGUUUAUGAAUAUUUACUAACAAUAAUUUUUAAGCGCGUUAUAUAACAACUCUUAUAGGAACUUCGAGAUAAAUACUCGUAUGUGCUUCAUUGUCUUCUUAGAGUGUCGACUCAAUUAAAUUUGUGAGGACCAAUACAACGCCAACGAAACAGCAUUCUCUGUGGUGCCAUACAGUGUACAUAGGGCAGGACAAUAAGUGUGCUAUGGUUUGGAUAUGUGCUGCUUUAGAUUAGAUUCCAUCCGUUUGCAAGCUGUCUAGUAAAUUUUGCGUGAUUGAGUAGCAAACAUAUUCAAACAUACAAACUUUCGCAUUUAUAUUAGCAUGAUUAUUUCCUUCAAAAUCUCAAAUAUAAAGUUUCUCAUACUGUUGUAAUGUGAUAUAUUUAAUUGUACAUUUAUAAUAGCUUGUAUGGAAUAUGAUUGAAUCUUACGAUGAUAUUUAUUGAUUGUAUUUCAAUGAACGAUUUCUGUAGUUCUAAUUAAAACGAAUUAAUACGACAGAAGAAUUAAUGUUGAAAAAUAUAUUGUAAGUUAAUUAUAAGCAUCAUCCUACUUCUCUUUUGCAUUGUCUGUCCAUUUCGAACCGUCUACGUGUGAACUUGCAUUAAUUAUUACAUCGUCCAAAUAAACUUGAAUCUAUUAAUAUAUUUUUCCUACAAAUACUUCUAAAAGAUUACAUAAUAUUGUUGUAAUUAGUAAUUUUGAUUCCAACAUAUUUGUAUUUACCAACGAAAGGUAUAUAGGUAAAGGUAAAAAUAUAAUAUAUUAUUUCUAAAUAUACUUGAUAAAAAUCUAUUGACAAACCCAUCACUGAUU